AUGUUUCCAGGUGGUUCUGUAAAGGAUAUAAUGUACCAAUUACUUAGUGGAGUAGACUUCUUACAUUCCAAUCGUGUUGUUCACAGAGAUCUUAAGCCACAAAAUAUUCUUGUGACAAAUUCAGGACAAAUCAAAUUAGCUGAUUUUGGCUUGGCUCGUAUCUAUACACAGCAAAUGGCAUUGACGUCUGUAGUAGUGACUUUAUGGUAUAGAUCACCUGAAGUUUUAUUACAAAGAAAUUAUGCAUCGCCAGUUGAUGUGUGGAGUGUUGGUUGUAUUUUUGCUGAACUGUAUAGUAGACGAACUCUCUUUUGCGGUCACUCAGAAAGUGAACAGUUGGGGAAAAUAUUUGAGAUUAUGGGAUCACCUUCUCAAUCAGAUUGGCCAAAAGAUAUUUCAUUACUAUGGUCAUCUUUCAGGUGUUCAAAAGGAAUGCCUUUACAUACUGUUGUUCCUGAUAUGUGUUCAGAUGGCAUUGAUCUUUUACAGAAAAUGCUAACAUUCAAUCCAAAUAAGAGAAUAACUGCCAGUCAAGCGUUACGCCAUAAAUAUUUUCAGGAGUACGAAAUGUACACAUCGUAUAAUACCUCUCACAGAAUUCAUCGUGGAAUCAACACGGAUGUCGUUCAGCAGGGAGCCAGCAAUAGUAAGUCUAAAAAUUAACCCAACCAAUUGCACGGCGAACUUCGGAUGUUGGAACUAUGAACCGUUUCUGAAUUGUCGUCGAAGAUCCACGUGCCUCUAACUGUGAUUAAUGAAGAGAAUAGUUUUACAUACUAUAUUUUCAAAUAUUAAAUUUUAUUAUGCUUUGAAAAUAGAUCACAUAAUUUAUUUAUCAUUAAUUAAUAAAUAUUGCCACAAAAAUGUACAGGAAAAAGUAGGUGCGAGUUAUUUUUCUUUUGUCUUUGAAGUUUUACUACUUAAUUCUGGAUAAUUAGACAUCGUUAAUGAAAGGUUCGCGUACGAUCGAAACAUUGGUCCUACAAUGAGUUUAAAUGUUUUUUAGUGUCAUAAAUACACGAAUUUUUAAAAUAUAAAAAGAACUAUGAUAUAACUUUUUAGUAUGUAGUUUUAUUUCUUUGGAAUACCAAAAGAAAAUUUUUGGAAUACUGAUAUAUUUCUGUUUACAGGAAAUAACUAAAGUUCUAUUAAUUGGAUUAAUUAUAUAGGCCUACUCGUAUUUGAUUUAUAAUUUGUAGAAUUUAUGGUUACAAAAUUGGUUUCUAUUAAUUCGAUGUCAUAAUGUUAAUUUCGUGUUUGAAGAGAGGAAAUCUUUUAUUAUCGCGAAUUUUGCUUUGGCCUUCUGAAAUCCACGACAACAACGGAAUUUCCAGGUAAUUUUCGAGAAUUUCGCCAUUCCCAUUCUUCAUUUCUUAUCGAAAAUGAUCGCAAACAAAGCUUUUAUAUGUUAAGUAAUUAUUUUCCGGAAAAAUUAGGAAGUGUCAGUGACAAACUUCAUUAUGUAAUUUUCUUUCCGACUUUAAAAUAAUAAUUGAAAUUUAGUUUAUUUUUCGAUUUUCCUCUAGCGUUUUGGAAGCAAAUAACACGAAAUAGACCAGAUUGUUUCGAUAUAUAAUUAGUUUUCGUAAUUAUUUAUACAUUUUUUCACACCAUACAUGCAUUCUGAAAUUAUUAUACUCGCUUAAAAAUUGAGAAAAAAAUUAACCGAAAUUCGGCGUUUUAUGAUCGAAUUCUAAAAGCUAAAUAUAUUAAAUUUAUAUUAUUUUAUCUCAAGAGUAAAAACUUUAUGUUCUAAGACAGCGAUUCCCAACCUGUGGUACGCGUACCCCUAGGGGUACGCGAUAGGUUGUUUAGGGGUACAGAAAAAAGUUAGUUAUUAUGGAAGAAAAAAUAAUAU